UCUCUCCUCCUAUAGACACAUAACAUAAUACCCCCGUCUGUAUAUAAUAUAUUCAGACCCCACCAACUUCAAAACCGAUCAUUUCGAUCGAUUAAUCGAUCAGGAUAACAACAGCAACUCUCUCUAAGUAGUAGUAGAGUGAUAUAUACACGAUGAAUAGUAAUGGAGGAAGUGGUGGUGGUAGUGGUGGCAGCGGUGGUGGGCCUUGUGGUGCGUGCAAGUUUCUGAGGCGGAAGUGCGUGAAAGGGUGCAUAUUCGCUCCGUAUUUCGACUCGGAACAAGGUACAGCUCACUUCGCCGCGGUACACAAGGUGUUCGGAGCCAGCAACGCCUCCAAGCUGCUCCUCCGCAUUCCGCCGCACAAACGCGUCGAAGCCGUCUUUUCGCUCUGUUAUGAGGCCCUCGCUCGCAUUCGAGACCCUGUUUACGGCUGCGUUUCACACAUCUUCACUCUACAACACCAGGUAGUGAACUUGCAGGCAGAGUUGGCGUAUGUUCAGGCCAGGCUUUCGACCAUGCAGCGCCUUCCCCCGACGCUGCCUCAACCUCAGAGCUCUUCACAAACAAUUAACUUUUCACCGUCCUUGUCCGACGUCGUUUCGAACUCCAACUUCUCAAUGCAAUUGGAUCCAUUUCAUCACCCGCAAUCCUCGGCUGAACUGACGAGUUUAGUCAUCGAUCCGAGUGAAGAUCAACCACUUUACGAUGAAGAAAUACACGAGUUAGGACGACAGUUGGUAUCUCGGUACUUCCCUGCUGGAGUUAGGUUUCGAUCUAACACUUCUAAUUAGACAAAAAAUUCUAAUUUUCUUUUGGUGAUCAAAAAGUGUUCAACGCAUUUUGUAGUUCUCAAGUCGGAACAAAAAAUUUGUACCGAGGAAUUUUAAGCUCUGAAUAUAGCAAAUCCAUGCGCAAUGUCGACUUGUUUUUUCAA